AAAAAAAAAAAAAGAAUGUGUUUGAGGGGAUUUUAGUAAUGUUACAUUGAUGAUGGGAGUUGUUCUAUGAAACAUCAUAUGGAGAUAAAAGAGAAGCAAGAGGAUAGAAUAACUCCAAAACGCUUUGCUGGUAAGGUAGGUUCAUGAUGAUUUCAGAGAGAAAAGCAAAGUCAGGGAUUAAAGAAGAAGUGGGCGCGUGUUGUUGCAUGGUUAGGGUUUUCCCAGGGAGCUUCAACAGUCCGUUGGUGGGAGAUGAAGGGAACUUCGUCGCAACGGCACCUUUCGACAACGUUCGGCUGCCGGUCGUAUGCCGGCAGAGUUACAAGAGCCCGCCCUUCGGGUUAUUCAGGGGACAUAAUCCCCUCAAUUACCCUUUCUCCACGUUCUUGCUCGAUGCCAUUGCCAUCAUCUUCUUCAUCAAAGCCGUCUCCUUCCUCCUCCGCCCUCUCCGCCAGCCCCGCAUCGUCUCCGAGAUCAUCGGUGGGAUGAUAAUCGGACCGUCGCUGCUGGGACAGAACCGGAGAUUCAACUACAACAUGUUUCCACGUGUGGCGGAGUAUACAGUUGCGAACAUUGGGCUGAUGGGUUUCAUGUAUUUCCUCUUCAUAACGGGCGUCAAAACCGACAUUGUUGCCAUCAGGAAAUCUCCGAGGAAGCACAUGUACAUAGCCACCAUUGCCGUCAUCGUCCCCUUCGUUUGCGUCAGCAUUGUCGGAUUAGCAACGAGGCACAGCAUGGAGCAUGUGCUCAAGAGGAUAUCGGCCCUUGGGGGCGUGGCUUCUUCCUUGGCAAUCACGUCAUUCCCUGUGAUAUACACCGUACUUCAUGACACCAAUCUGCUCAACUCGGAGGUCGGGAAAUUUGCCAUGUCGGUGGCACUUCUUGGGGAUUUCGUCGGGAUAUUCGUUCUCGUAAUCUUUGAGGCGUGGAUGCAGUGGGACUCUGCUGGAUUCAUGGCUCUCAUCUGGUACUUCGUCUCUGUUUUUGUUCUUGCUGCUUUCAUGCUGACCGUUGUCAGAAGGGCGUUGAAAUGGAUCAUCCGGAAAACGCCCCAGGGGAAACCCGUCGACCAGAGCUACAUCGUCCUUAUCCUCCUGGCUGUCAUGUUCAUCGGCUUCCUCACCGACAUGUUCGGUCUGGCUAUAGCUGUGGGACCCAUUUGGCUGGGACUGCUGAUACCGGAUGGCCCUCCCUUGGGUGCGACGUUGGUGGCUCGGAGUGAGACUAUCAUCAUCGAGUUUCUGAUGCCUUUCUCGUUCGCUCUGGUCGGGCUUCACACCAACGUUUACCUGUUGACCCCCGAGGCAUGGCCUCAGCAGCUCGGCCCUCUUUGCGCCAUGUCCAUUGCCGGUUACGUUGCCAAGUUCGUGUCCACCACCGGUGCGGCAUUGCUAUUCAAGGUCCCUGCCAGGGACAGCUUCACUCUCGGGCUCGUCAUGAACCUCAGGGGACAAAUCGAGAUCUUGCUUUACUUGCAUUGGAUAGACAAACGCAUGAUCGGACUCGCCGGUUUCACCUUGAUGGUCCUCCAAACUCUGCUGAUCACUGGUAUAACCGGUCCUGUUAUCGCCAUCCUCUACGACCCAACUCGGCCCUACAGGAGCAGCAAUCGUCGAACCAUUCAACACACUCCCCCUUGCUCCGAGCUCGGUUUGGUUCUUGCCAUCUCCCACCACGAAACCCUGGUUGGUCUCCUCAGCCUCCUCGACUUUGCUUACCCCACCAUUAGUAGCCCGUUUGCGAUAUUCGCUGUCCAGCUGGUGGAACUGGUGGGCCGUGCCACUCCAAUUUUCAUCGACCACGAGGAGGAGGAGCAGGAUGUGGAGGGCGAGGGGGAUGAAUCCGUGACCGGAGGUCGGGACGACCCCAUCCAGAGUGGGUUGAGGCUGUACCAGGAGAGAAGAGCGGAGUGCGUGAAUGUACAUGCCUACACGACCCAUGCGCCGAAACGCCUCAUGUACCGCGAUAUAUGUGAAAUUGCCUUGGCGAAGCAGACAUCCUUCAUUCUAUUGCCCUACCAGAAAGAGCGACUGGAGGACGCAGCUCCCACCGAGCUACUAGACAGUGGGAUGACGAUGGUGAACGAUGACGUGUUGGCCCAUGCCCCUUGCUCCGUCUGCAUUUACCACGACAAGGGUCGGCUCAGGAACCGGACACGAAAAGGGAAACAGAGGUUGGUGGUGCUGUUUCUGGGAGGAGCCGACAACAGAGAGGCCCUGAAUCUGGCUGAGCGGAUGACCAGGAACCCCGACAUAACACUGACGGUGAUACGUUUCCUGUCGUUCGGGCAAGAAGGGGACGACGAGAGGGAGAAGAAGCUGGACGACGGGGUGGUGACUUGGUUCUGGGUUAAGAACGAAGCCAACGAGAGGAUCGCGUACAAGGAGGUGAUAGUCAAGAACGGUGCUGAGACGUUGGCGGCCAUUCAGGCCAUGAACGCAAACGAUUUCGACCUUUGGAUUACGGGGAGGAGAGAAGGAAUCAACCCUAAGCUUCUAGAAGGGUUGACGACUUGGAGCGAAGACGAUCAGCUCGGUGUGAUCGGCGACACCGUGUCCGUCAGCGAGUUCGCCAGCCACGGUUCAGUGUUGGUCGUGCAGCAGCAGGUCCGGAACCAUAAUUCCCGCGUUGGUUUCUUCAGUGGCAAGUUUUCGUUGUAAAAGACUAGUCUGGUCUUGUUAGGGUUUUUCCUUUCCCUUUUUUUUAAUCUUAACAUUAUGUAUAGUGCUUUCGUCUGUAGCAUGAGUUUUGUAAUAAAAAUAACUACAACUGUGUACUGAAAACAACAGUGUAGAAAACGGUAGUUUUUUUUCCUUGAUUUCUUGAACUGAUAUAACCAGGAAUAGAUUCAGUUCU